AUGGCGGUGUUAAGCAAAACUGGCACAUUUGCUAGUUAUUACCUACUUUGGACUUUUGUUGUGCUGAGUCUUGCCUUUCCUGCCGAGCUCUCUUCAUCGUCAAACGCUGCUGAGUUCUCGAAUUUCCUUCCGCCUAACCCCUUCUCCAAGUCUGUGGAGACACGAGAUCCUAUCGCAAAUGGUGCUACAUUGAGAGUGCUCUGUUUGGGUGCCUCGAUUAUGGGUGGCUAUUUGUCCACGGAUAAAAACGGGAUGAGGUAUGCACUGCGCUCUGCUCUUGCUGCUCAUGGAAACAAGGUGAACAUGAUCGGAAGCAUUAACCUCGGGACCAUGGAUGAUAAUAAGGUUGAAUCCUGGCCUGGUUACCGGAUUGAUCAAGUUGCUAAGAAGGCGGAGCUGUCCCUCUCAAAGCUGCCUAAUGUCGUUGCAAUUCUCGCAGGCACCAAUGAUGCUGGGCAGGGCUUUGACACUCCCAACAUGGCCAACAGAAUGGCGACCCUUAUCGAUCGCAUUUUUGCUGUGGCUACUGGAACAACCAUUAUUCUUGGAACAUUGCCUCCUAUGUACGAACCUGCGGACGACAUUGUCCGACAAUACAACAGUGAUCUUGCAGACUUGGUAUCUAAGAGAUCGGCUGCGGGGCAAAAAAUAUUCCUGGCGGAUAUGCACUCUCCAUGGUGGAGUCUCGCUGAUAUCUCCGGCGACAACGUCCAUCCAACUAACGCUGGGUAUCUCAAAAUGGCCCGUGUCUUCUAUGAUGGGAUUAUAGCAGCAAACGAUUCCAUCACGCCACCUAAAACACCCCCUGGCGGUAUUAGUGACCCUAUUCUUCCGUAUGUAGUUGGCCAUGGACCCACUGCCAGCGACAAGACUUCUGGAAGCACAAUAGGGCCAAUCCAAACCCGGCAAGGAUCGCCCCCAGCAUCAUCCUCAGCAUCUACCCUCUCAACAAAUCAGGCAAAGUUCAUUGCUAGCCAAGGCACUCCUUACCCUACUACCGUUACAGCGCGUCUAGCUUCAUCGUCAGAUUCGGGCAGUUCUUACCCCACUACUGUCACAACGCGUCCAGCUUCAUCCUCAGAAUCUUCUUCGUGCCAAGAUUCGUUGAACGGCUGCCCCACCUCGCUAGGUGCCAACCUCUCAUCAAGUCUAGCAAGCUUCAUUGCUAGCCAGGGCAGUUCUUACCCUACUACUGUCACAACGCCUCUAUCGUCAUCCUUAGAAUCUGGCAGCUCUUACCCUAUUGCUGUCACAACGCGUCCAGCUUCAUCCCCAGAAUCUUCUUCGUGCCAAGAUUCAUUGAACGACUGCCUCACCUCGCCGGGUGCCAACCUCUCAACAUGCCAGGCGAACUUCGCCGCAUGCCAGGGCUCAUUGGGUUUCACACAGCCAACAGUUGUUGGAACCAACAGCACAAGUGGUCUUCCCUCCGCCACCACUUCUAAGACGGCUAUUUUUACUGGCGCGGCUUCUUUUGCAAAACCUGCUGCUAGGUUUCUUGCUCUCGGUGCCUUAGCCUUCUUCUAGGGACAUUAAGGAGUAAUAAGGGAGAACAAGGAGUAAAGUGGGGAUCUUAACAAGUGUUAGAAAUGCUGCUAUAGUGGCCUUUUAAGCUGCUUAGAAUGCGUCGAGAAAUCUAUUUCGGAUGGGACUACAUACAUGGAUUGCUUGCCAGCUUUCGGAAGUUGCAGCGUGUUUAAUCUUCUACGAGUCCUCAGAUGCCUUUUAAGAUGCCUUUAAUGCUCGUUCUUGAAGUACGCGCGAUAUUAUUAGCAGAGCCUCCUAUGAUUUUUCAAGUUCCUAGAUCCGCGUUGCUUCUGCUUCGCGAAGAGCUUUUAUGUUAGUUAGCAAAAGCAGGAGGUCGUCCACCCCUAAAACGGGCUUCGACUUCACUGUUCUGUCUAGCCCG